AUGUAUCUUGCUGCUGCUCCCGACCCUUCUAUGGGGCAGCAGCAGCAGCAGCCGCAGCCGCAGCAACCGUCAGAGGAGCUGCAGCAGCUUCAGCUUCUUUUUGCUGCUAGAAACUCAGGGCCUGCUCCGAAUGACCCGCUGCAGCAUGACCCGCAGCAGCAGCAGCAGCAGCAGCAGCAGCAAGACUUAGGCGCAAUGCGCAGCGGGGUCUCCAGUGCUGCUGCAGCAGCGCAGCAAUACUUAGCUUCAACAGUCUCCAGCAGAAGCCCCCCCCCUUCUUUGGGGGCCCCCUCGGGGGCCCCCGGGGGGCCCCCCUUGGCCUUUGCUGCGCAGCAGGAACCCCCAGCUCCUGCUGCAGGGGGCCCCCUGGGGGCCCCCUCGAGGCUGCUGCUGUUUGUUGACAGACCCACGAGGCCCUUUGCUUUGCAAGAAGGGGACAUUGCCAAUUGUGUCUCUCCUUAUGGACCCAUCGAGAAUGUGCACAUCAUGAGGGACCGCGCAGCAGCAGAAGUGGUGUUUGCUUCUGCUGCAGCAGCAAACGCAUGCAUGGCCGAGCUGGACGGAGUGCCUUUGGAAGGCGCAGGUUUGCUGCGGGCUUUGCUGCUGCCUCCGGGAGUUGCUGCUGCAGCAAUGCUGCCGGAGUCAGCGACGGACCCGCCGCUGCAGCCGGGGCAGCAGCAGCAGCAGUUUGCUGCAGCAGCAGCAGCAGCAGCGUCGCAGUGGGGCGCAGCCUCGUGGGCGGGGGGCGACCCGCGGGGAAAGGAACCCUAA